AUGUCCGGUCCUUCUCUAGCCCCCUACAUCCUCAAGCGGCCAUGGCUCAAGCGGUGGAUGAUGCCCUUUGCCAACUGGUACGCCAACACAGCUGGCUACAGAUCAUUGGGCCUACGCCAUGACGACUUGAUCCCCGAAGAAAACGACAUUGUUCAGCUGGCGCUAAAGAGGCUGCCACCCAAAGAAGCAUACGACCGAGUCUUCCGCCUCAGAAGAGCUUUCCAAUGCUCGCUUUCACACCACCUACUUCCACCUGCAGAACAUACGAAGCCCGAAGAUGAUAUCCCCUACCUAAGUCCCAUCAUCGAGGAGAUUGAGAGAGAAGAGAAGGAGCGUGCCGACUUGGAGAGUAUGAUUGUCGAGCCGAGAAAGAAGUCAUGA